CUCAGCUUCCUGCAAGCGAGAAAACUAAAGCAAUGUAUGCAGAAGAUGAACAAAAUCUUCUUCCUGACUGGGUUUAGAGAAGGGUCAGUUUAGACUGUGAUCAAAGCUAUGGACUCUGAAUACCUGCAAGGUAUCCAACCUGUUCUCUUCACAACAUUCCGACCACCACCUAUCAUCAAAAAUGAAACUCAAAGUACCUUGACACUCAGCAAUGUUGGAAGUCAAGAUUCUGUGGCUCAAGCUGGAAACGAAGAUAACCAAUCUAUGGCAGUGACCAAGAAAUUUGUCAGCACAUUAAAGGAACAAACAGAGAAGUGGUUUGAUAAAACCCAGAGGAAAAGACUUUUGAAACAAGGAGAGUAUCCUGACUGGUUCCAUGGAUUUAUAACACGCAGGCGAGCAGAGGAGAUGUUGCAGGAGAAGCCACUUGGGACUUAUCUCAUUCGCUUCUGUGAAAGCAGAGUAGGACUUGUCCUUUCAUACAGGGGAGCGGAGAGAUGUCGACAUUUUAUGAUUGACCAUUUACCAGCCGGUAAUUAUGUGAUUGAAGGAGAAAGCAGCACCCAUUCCCAACUACAAGAUCUGCUAGAACAUUACUGCAAAUAUCCAUUGGAUCCAUACAAAGAAAUAUUGACAGUAGCCUGCACCAAGAUAAGCAAAAACAAGGAUUUUGGGAAUAGCCCUGAUGCUGCAAAAGACAAACAAGCAAACAGCACAAUUCACAAGGAGACAGGAACUUCUGGUGAUACGUCGCCCUUGACAAGCACUUCCCCGAAAGAGCUAAAAAGCAUAUCUUCUGAAUUAAAACUGCAGGCUCAGCAUGGUUUGCCGUCAGAUUUAACCAAAAUCCCACAAGUUUUGGAAAAAGGGCCUAUAAAAUGUUUAGCACGUGAAGAUCAAAACGUUUCUUAUGCAUUUGUUAAAAAGACACCUGGUGCUGCCAUAAGUACAAAAGCUGAACGAUCUUCAUCAGAUCAAAAAUACAGCACAUUUCAGGCGCUUCAUACCUAUGCUGAGCCAGAAAGCUGCCAUAAACUGGAACCUAAUAUAUUUACUUUUAAAAAUAAGCUGGAAGAAUCGAUUGCUUUUUACGCUAUGGGCCGUGGGUCUUGCAAAGACAAUGUGGAAAAUGUUUAUUCUGAAGUGGACACAAAAUGUGCAGGAACUUAUGGAUUCAAUCCGACUGCUAGCAGGGAGGUUGUGUCAACGACCCUUCCCCAUAGUCUAAACAAGACUGUGAAGACAGAAUCUUCUACUUUGCAUUCGUCAUUCCGUUUUUAUAAAAAACCAACUUCACCAUCAGAUGACCAUUUCAUGAGGUGGGACUGUUCAGGCAAACCUGCCAAUAACUCAGAGUGUUCACAGAAGACUAUGGUGAUGCAUCUUGACGGCUUGGCAUAUGGAAACAAUAUGGAGGAUAUGGAGAAUAUUUAUGAGAAAAUUCCCGAAGACUGUGCCUUCAAACCAAGAAACAACCGAUCAACCAAACACUAAUGAAGCUGAUUAAAGGCGCCGAGUUAGACAGGACUAUACAGAAUACAUCAUUUUCUAUGGACAGCUAAAGAUAAAACAUAAUAAUAACAACUAAUAUCUGCUUUAUAUUUCCUGCAGGGUGAUAGGAACUAAAAACAAAAUGUAUUUAUGUUUAAGGGACAUGGCAAUGAUAUGCUGCAGCUCUUUAUAUAGCAGACUUUACAUUAUUUUUCCAUAAUCAUUAUUUUAAAACUUCUCACUUAUUGACUUUUUUUUUUUUUUUUUAAAUCAGUGGACAUUGGAGACAUUGCAGUGCUUACCCACAUGCACCAGAGCUGGGAGCUGUGAACCUUGUCAUAUGACGUACCUGACUACUGCACAUGUGUAGUAGAACUCUAAUAAUGUCUAUAGGAGAGUGACAGCAAAUGUACAGUAGUGCUUCUGUAAUGCAUUCCUCACUAUAUUUUCUGACUAGUAUCUGGCACUGGGAAGCUAGGGCUGAGUCUAGGAGACCUGAAGGAAAACUCUGUGGGCAUGGCUGCACCACCUGAGACAGUUUUAGAUGCAACCUAUUUUCCCUUAGUGAAACUGGUGCAUUUAUGGGGAAGAAAGUGGGGCAGGAGGUACAGUGCUCCAAAACUGGGGUGAUCCCGAUAAAUGCUGGGUGGUAAGGAACUCUGAUAGCUCUCCCUUGUCAAUUGCCAUAGCAACCAAGUCACAGAUGUGCACAUACACUGCAUCAGGUGUUCUCUUGUGAUUUGCUGCAUUGCUGAUAAUAAAUAAAAUAAGGGCAAGAACAGGGGGUGUGGCCUAGAAAACUUAAACACAUAAUUUAACAACAAAUUGUAUAAAAAUAUUAUUAACGUUAUCAAUACUAUGAUGUGUACAGUUAAAUGUAUAUGUAAAUCUUAGAUAUUCAUUAAUGCUUUUAAAAGAUCAUGUUUUUAGGAUUUGAUAAGUGUAUUCAUUAUUUUUUAAAAGAAAAAUAAAUGUGUCAAUAGAAAUAAAGAAAAAACAUAAAUUAUGA